AUGGGCGUCAGCACAGAGGCUUCCAGUCGGAACCUGGUGACCCUGCGUGUGGACCCCAAUGGCUUCUUCCUGUACUGGACAGGACCCAACAUGGAGGUGGACACCCUGGACAUCAGUUCCAUCAGGGACACGCGGACGGGCCGUUAUGCCCGCCUGCCCAAGGACCCCAAGAUCCGAGAGGUGCUGGGCUUUGGAGGCCCUGACACCCGGCUGGAGGAGAAGUUGAUGACAGUGGUGGCCGGGCCAGACCCAGUGAAUACAACAUUCUUGAACUUCAUGGCCGUGCAGGAUGACACAGCCAAGGUGGGCUGGGGCCAAAGGGGGCCCUGGGGAGCCUCACUGCUGAGUCAGCCAUCACUUAGUGAGCAUCCAUUGUGUCCUAGGCUAUACACCAAGCUGAAGCUGCAGGUGAACCAGGAUGGACGGAUCCCAGUGAAGAACAUCCUGAAGAUGUUCUCAGCAGAUAAGAAGCGCGUCGAGACUGCGCUGGAAUCCUGUGGCCUCAAUUUCAACCGGAGUGAGUCCAUCCGGCCCGACGAGUUCUCCUUGGAAAUCUUCGAGCGGUUCCUGAAUAAGCUGUGUCUGCGGCCAGACAUUGACAAGAUCCUGCUGGAGAUAGGCGCCAAGGGCAAGCCAUACCUGACGCUGGAGCAGCUCAUGGACUUCAUCAACCAGAAGCAACGGGACCCGAGGCUCAACGAAGUGCUGUAUCCACCCCUGCGGCCCUCCCAGGCCCGGCUGCUCAUUGAGAAGUAUGAGCCCAACCAGCAGUUCCUGGAACGAGACCAGAUGUCCAUGGAGGGCUUCAGCCGCUACCUGGGGGGUGAGGAGAAUGGAAUCCUGCCCUUGGAGGCCCUGGAUCUGAGCGCAGACAUGACCCAGCCGCUAAGCGCCUACUUCAUCAACUCCUCACACAACACCUAUCUCACAGCGGGGCAGCUGGCUGGGACGUCGUCGGUGGAGAUGUACCGGCAGGCACUGCUCUGGGGCUGCCGCUGCGUGGAGCUGGACGUGUGGAAAGGGCGGCCCCCGGAGGAGGAGCCCUUUAUCACCCACGGCUUCACCAUGACCACCGAGGUGCCGCUGCGAGACGUGCUGGAGGCCAUUGCGGAAACCGCCUUCAAGACCUCGCCCUACCCUGUCAUCCUCUCCUUCGAGAACCACGUGGACUCGGCAAAGCAGCAGGCCAAGAUGGCCGAGUACUGUCGUUCGAUCUUCGGGGACGCGCUGCUCAUCGACCCACUGGACAAGUACCCGCUGGCCCCAGGCGUCCCCCUGCCCAGCCCCCAGGACCUGAUGGGCCGCAUCCUGGUGAAGAACAAGAAGCGACACCAGCCCAGCACUGGUGUCCCCAACAGCUCCAUUCGCAAGCGGCCGCUGGAGCAGAGCAACUCGGCCCUGAGCGAGAGCUCUGCCGCCACCGAGCCCUCCUCACCUCAGCUCGUGACGCUCCUGCGAUACAAUAAACAACAGCUCAGCCGCAUCUACCCCAAGGGCACCCGCGUGGACUCCUCCAACUACAUGCCCCAGCUCUUCUGGAACGUGGGCUGCCAGCUUGUGGCCCUCAACUUUCAGACCCUGGAUGUGGCGAUGCAGCUCAACGCGGGUGUGUUUGAGUACAACGGGCGCAGCGGCUACCUGCUCAAGCCCGAGUUCAUGCGGCGGCCGGACAAGUCCUUCGACCCCUUCACCGAAGUCAUUGUGGACGGCAUCGUGGCCAAUGCCUUGCGGGUCAAGGUGAUCUCGGGGCAGUUCCUGUCCGACAGGAAGGUGGGCAUCUACGUGGAGGUGGACAUGUUUGGCCUCCCCGUUGACACACGGCGCAAAUACCGCACUCGGACGUCUCAGGGGAACUCAUUCAAUCCUGUGUGGGAUGAGGAACCCUUUGACUUCCCCAAGGUGGUGCUCCCCACGCUGGCUUCGCUGCGCAUCGCGGCCUUUGAGGAAGGCGGCAAGUUUGUGGGGCAUCGGAUUCUGCCCGUCUCUGCCAUCCGUUCAGACUCAGCUCAGGUUGGCCCAGAAACGUGCCAGGAGACUCCAUCUCAGCAGCCGGUGACCCCAAACCCCACACCCAGCACACUGGACAUCUCCCCGCGCCGGCCCCCGGGCCCCGCCACGUCCCCUACCAGCCCCUCCCUCAGCAGCCCAGGGCAGCGCGACGACCUCAUCGCCAGCCUCCUCUCAGAGGUGGCCCCGGCCCCGCUGGACGAGCUCCGAGGCCACAAGGCUCUGGUGAAACUCCGGAGCCGGCAAGAGCGAGAGCUUCGGGAGCUGCACAAGAAGCAUCAGCGGAAGGCGGUUGCCCUCACUCGCCGAUUGCUCGACAGCUUGGCCCAGGCCCGGGCUGAGCGCAGGUGCCGGCAGCGGCCGGGUGUCCUGUGA